AUGGCGAGUUCGUCGCUGGUGCGGGUGAAGGCUUCCAUAGCGGAUACCGCAGUGAAGCGGCUUAUUGUUUGUAUAGGUUGUGCUAAUCAAGAAGAAAAUGUAAUGCGUGGAGCCCUUGGCAACCGUGUCGCACAGCAAAUUCUUAACACAUGUUCUCCUUCCCCAAGUGACAUACAUAACCCUGAUGUGAACCGUUUACAUCCACGAGAUGCACUUGGACGAGCACGUCGACAGCAAAAUCAUCAUCAACGGAAAGUUUUUUUUAAAGGUACUUCAGCUGUAGGUUCCGUUAGACGACAUGGUAGCAUACGUAAUCCACAGACGUGGGAUUCAGAACGUGUAGUAGACUACUUGGGUGUAUGGUGUGAUCGACUACUUUUGGGAGAACACACAAACCCAUCAAGGUGUGCAUUACUAGAGCCACGUGUACCGCCUAUAAUGUUUGGAGAAUCACUGGAGCGUGUCCUUCGUUCACAUCGCAACUUCCAAAGUAGUGAUCUACUAUUUAUAUUUGGUAGUUCUCAAUUUGAGUUUGGAACAAUGCGUCUUAUUUCUUACUAUGAUGAUUUGCUUACGUUUCCAAAUGGUGGUCCAUCGACUUAUCAACAUUCUUCAAUUGGCGAAGUUUUGCAGAGGUUAGCGGGUCCUCCUAAUGCCGCUUACGCACUCGUGUUGGGUAUUGGUGACUCCAAUGGAGUGUUUGCACCACUCACAGCAGAAGAGAAUGUAAUAGCAAAUGACCGCAUCAUACCGCUUGCUAGUUUUACCAGCGCAUUAUGGACAGUAGACCCGAAAAAGGCAAUGGAAUAUCUCUUAAGUAAUCCUAGAGAAAAUCUGCGACUUUGGCGUACCAUGCAGUCUUCUUUGUUAUCCACACGUGAUACAGCUGUACUGCGCGCCUAUGAAAGUGGUGUACCCCUGGACGCAAGAAUAAGUCAACAACAAACUAAUUAUCUUGCCGAGACACUUUUGUCACGUUUAUUUCCUCAGAUGGAUGAGAAAUGA